GCAGCUUCUUUCGCAUUGCGGGCGUGAUACUCGAAUUCCCAGUCGAAAUACUGUCAACACAUGCGACCCCGUUCCACCCAUUGCAAACACGCCCUGACUCCCCAAUCCCGACCGACGACCCGUAGAACCAGGCGGAUCCGACACUCGAGCGCAACGUCAACGCGAAAAAAAAGGCCCAACGGCGCCAGCAACCAACCCCCUCUCACCACAACCCCAGCCAGAACUCACAAGCUGAACGACUCGCAAUCUUUCUGGUCGGUGGAAUUUCGCCGAGGGGUGUCCGUCAACGCCCUAACACCCCGACAAGCCCGCCUAAUCUCCAACUCCUGACAUGACCAUCGCGGUCCUGACGGCCUCGACGACCAAAACAAAGCGCCGCGAACCGCUGAGGACAAUCGGUAUGGCGGCUACACAGGCGCAAUCACGUUCUGGCCCCGCGUCUGGCGGCGCAGGAAGGAGUGGAGGAGGGGAACAGAAACGCACGCGGCUGGGCGCGAGUAAGCAGGGUCUAGAGGAGAUUUCGAAUAACGAGUCUAAGCGGAAAGCGGGUUACGACGAGGAUGCAGAUGGAUUCCAGUUUUCGCUAUUGCCGUCAAAGAAACCGAAACCUUCGGUAGCGGUGGCGCCUCACCUUGCUCAUUCCGAUGUGGAAAAUACGACCCCGAAACCAUCUCCGCGGAGGGGACGACCGCCAAAGAAGCGAGCGGAGGAGCAUGCGGUGCCAGCAAAGGGAAAGACAGCCGAUCUACCGACGAGGAGGCCCACGAGGGGGUCUACACGAGCGGUAGAUGCUGAAGCAGAAUCACAUGCCGAAUCUGCGGCGCGCUCAUCACGGAAUCAGGAAAGUCACGAAGAGCAGCCGUCAGAGAGGAAGAAGAAGAGGGGACGACCGGCGAAAGCGAAAACGAAUGAAUCGAACGGCUAUCACUCACCAGAACAACCACCCCCGGGCAUUAAGGUGGCUCUACCGACGGCCGACACGCCAGUUAUUCAGCGCAAUAAGGAGUUUAGAGGAGCGAAAUCGAGCAAAGGAGGACGGCGGAGUAGUCUGCAGAUGCGUGGGCGAAGAGCCAGUGACUUAAUUGACUCGGGAACGUCGAAUGCACUGCCCCAUCGAGAAGUGAGCGCGGCGGACUUUUAUAAACACAUUGCCGAUGAAGGCCUUCCCGAGCCGCGCAGGAUGCGGCAGCUUCUCAUUUGGUGUGCGACGCGUGCGUUGCCUGAUAAGCCUUCCGGGUCUCAUUCUGAGGAGAUCAGUGCGCGCCUAGCAGCUCGCGCUAUUCAAGAGGAGAUCUUGAAAGAAUUCUCAUCCAACUCCGACCUAUCCAAUUGGUUUAGUCGCGAGGAUGUGAAUCCGCCAACAGUGGUCGUGAAGAAGCCAAAUCCGAGGAACGUGCAGAACACAGAUAAGAUCAAGGAGUUGGAAGAGCAAAUACAAAAACUCCAAAAGGAGAGACAUGCUCUGAACGCACUCCUCAAACAACCGGCGAUUCCGCGCAUCGAUGUUGAAUCACCCAAGAAAUCUCCUAAGAAAUCCCCCCGAUCCAAACGCCAAUCCGAGAAACCAUCUAUCAACACCUCCCUCCUCGACCCCUCACAACAAGCCAUCUACGCCACUCUCAACCCCACCUCCUCUUCCUCCACAGCAUCUCAGUUACACCCACAAGACGCUGCUUCCUCAACUCAACCACCCAUGCCACCAUCCACCGUCUCAGCCCGUCUCUCCCGAAUCACAACAGCUCUCGCACCGACACUCGAUACCCUGGCCGCAGGAGUCCACGACAUCGAACUAUACCGCUCCACAGCAGACGCCGUCUCUUCCCAGAUACUACGAAUCUGCGCCCAACGUCUCGAAGAACGCGAUGCCCGGAAUACACAGCAACGACUCGCUAUCGAGGGAGAAGACAGCGAACAACGGACACCACGCGUAUCACGCUCCCGACCACGCGAGGAUCUGGGCCUUAUACUCGGAGCACUUAGUCGUGUCGAGAGGCGAUAGCCACCGAACAAGCAGCGCUACGUUAUGUUCCAAGUUUCUCAGCUCCCGUCUGCAGUGAUUUGCAAUCUCUUUCAGCGUGUUCUUUUCCUUUCUUCUAUUUGUUCCUUUCCUCCAGCGCUACGCGUUGAUCGUCAUUCACCGCGCAGAAGGGCCUGGCUGGAUUUCUUGAUGAUGAUCUGAUCUGAACGAACCCGCCGAGUAAGCGGGUCAGGCAUGGCGUAAUUCUGUUAGGUGUUGAAUUUGAAUUUGAAUUUUUGUUUAACGAGGGUUGGUCUUUCUGUCUCUGGGAGUCGCGUGGUAGGAUGGGAUGGGAUGGGAUGCAUUGCUGGACUUUCUUCUGCAAGCAUGGAGUUUAUGGUGUUGUGUUGUUGGUCUUACUUUUUGAUAUACCGCUUGCCGGAUUGGAUCUGCUUGUUUUUUUAUUCUUGUUUUUCUUUCUAAGUCUUAAGUGUGAUGAGAGUAGGCUUAGGUAGCUUUGGUAUUAGCUACAAUGCUAUUGACGGGC